AUGGCAGACACAAAGCCCCGCGAGUACGAUCUCGUACUGUACGGCGCGACUGGAUAUACCGGAGGCCUUACAGCACAAUACAUCACCAAGCAUCUCCCCUCCGACCUUCAUUGGGCAAUCGCCGGCCGUUCACCGUCUAAGCUCAAUGCCCUCUCAUCAACACUCACCCCAUUGCGUCCAGACCGCCCACCCCCUUCUACGGAAACAAUCGAACACACCAAAGAUGCCCUAGUCGCCUUAGCCCGUAAAACCCGCGUCUUAAUUACAACCGUGGGUCCCUUCCACCUCCACGGCAGCCUAGUGAUGGAAGUUUGUGCGACUGCAGGAACACACUACGUAGACAGCACUGGCGAGACGCCCUGGGUGUACGAGGUAGCCCACAAAUGCCAUGAGCUAGCGAAGAGUAACGGAGCGUGUUUGAUCACGCAGUGCGCUAUGGACUCCGCUCCCGCUGAUCUGGCUGCGUACGCGCUUGUGCGGUUUCUACGUGAGAACUGCGUUGCAGAAACGAAGGAGGUUGUGCAUUCGAUUCAAGAGUGGAGGAACGGUAUGAGUGGGGGUACGCUGCAUAGCCUUAUCGGAGUCGCUGGGUCGUAUCCUUUCACCCACUUGAAAGAGUCGAUAAAGCCGUUGGCCUUGUGUCUGGAUGGUGUGCAUCCGAAGAAUCGGCCCCGUGCGUUCGGGUGGAGUGGGACGAAGAGGCAGGAUGAUGUGGGCUUGUUGACGGAUAGCGUGAUCGGCAUUCCUGAUGCAGGUCUUGUGUAUCGGUCGUGGAGCUUGAUGGACUAUGGCGAAGGGUUCAGCUACUUCACGGGCAUGAAGGCUGCAAACCGUGUAUCAGGCUUCUUUUGGCAUGCUGGUUUGAUAGCAAGCUUGCCGAUGUUGCUGGUGUCACCUAUUCGGAAGCUGUUGACGAGUGUGUUGCCAUCACCAGGCGAGGGACCUUCGGAAAACGAAGCGGCCAUUGUACUGCUGCGACCUGAUCGCGAGAAUUGGGCACAGAGGCUUGGUGGAGGUGUCCUUACACCUGCUACUUUGGGAGAUCAGUAUGUGGAGAGGGUGAAGACUGCCGGGCUAAAGAUGGAUAUCGGGUUCGUAGGGCAGUGUUAG